AUAUGAGGGUGAUCUGAGUGACUAGCGUGUGUAUUUGACUCAUUAUAGGGUCUUGUGUCCCUUGCAGACGUGGACUUGUCCUCAUUUCUGCUGACCAUUGAUCUCUGAUAGUCUUAUCAGCUUCAUAUAAAGUGCAUCCGGCUGAGUCUCUGUCGCACUGAUAGACGUUCAGAAAAAGGCUGAAGAUGAAGAUGAUCGUCCUGACCGCUCUGCUGUCUCUGCUCCUGACCUCACAGGUCCAGCCGGCACCCAUAGACACUGACUGGGCGACCGGACUGAUCCAUCGGGCCAAGCGCUCGUUACUCUGGCGGUGGAACACUCUGAAACCCGUGGGUUCUGGAUGCAGAGAUCAUUAUGAGUGUGGAACCAACUACUGCAGGAAACACACUUGCUCCUUCAAUAAAGCUCAACAGGCGUGUGACUGAGGCCAAAUGAUUUUGGCACCAAUUCAAAUAAUGGAAAACAAAAUGACUAAAAUUGUGCAUCCCUCGAUUUCUCAAACAUCAUGACUUACAUAAAUCAGACAGAACAUUCAAAGACAUCUAAAGACUUCAAGAUCUACACCAACCUCAAGAUUGUAUUCAGGUGAAUCUCACCAAGAAAUCUCCAGGUCAUAUUAAACUCCAAAAUCUGAAGCAUUCUAAUUUAUUUGUUUUUGGCCUGAAAUAUGACCUGGUGUGUUUUUGACAUAUUCCCCCAUUCAGUAACCUGUCUACAAGAACUCCAGUUUCAUCAUCGAUGUUUUAUAGUUGUACAGAUCUUGAUAAAGUGUAAAAUAUUAACUCUGCA